AUACCAUUUAGCAUGUUUAAGUUUAUGUAAAUAUCGUUCACAACUUUCUGAGUUACCAUGCAAGAUUGCUAAAGUAGUAAGGAUGAAACUUUCUUCUGAGUCGCCGAGGCACCAAGUAUCUGCUAAAUUCAGUUUUUUAUAUAGAAAGUCGUAGUUUAGUAAAGGAAAGGUUUAAUAAUGAAUCUAGAGCGCUUACUGCUUUACCGCUAAAUGUGUCUGUUCUGGAGAAAAAUCGGUAAGAAAAACCUUUUCAUUAACUAAAUUCGUAUUCUGUUCUUCGGUACUCUUGAAUUCUUUCGAUUUAUUAUUAAACACCUUUUUUACAGUGUGACAGAUCUAUAUGUCAUUCGAAAGCAAUGUAGAGACUAUCCAAAUGAUUUGUUAUUUAGUUCUGGAAAUCCGCAACAAAUGCGAUACAAGAUAGACUAAUUGAUUCAUUAAACAGAAUUGGACAUAAAGUAGUGAACAUGCGACAUUCAGUGAUGAUAUUAGAAAUUCUAUGGACUAUGGCACAUGACGAAAGUUUACCGUAUUCUAUGUUUGAUCGCCUAUUAUCCUGCCACCGUGAAAUUUCCAGUAGUAGACAUUAUUUAAAUCGUGAAUUAAUAUGUGGCUAUUGUUUAAAAUGUAUGGACCAUAUUAAAAACUAUAAUUUACAAUGGAUCGUUCCAUCUUACCGUUAUAUAAUGGAAUUAGUCAAAUUUGAUACAGAAUUUAAACGCUUUUUAAUAGAUGGAAAUAAUUUGAUUUUAUAUUUAAUACAAACUAUAGGUCGGUGUCAACAUGAUAUAUGGAUACAGACUGACGGAAACGUAAGCUCAGAUACACUUAUCGAUAAACGCUAUACGUACAAAGAAUUGUUAAAAAUCCAGCUGGAUUUACUGGCAUAUAUGUUGAGAAAUGGACGUAUGUAUGCAGCAUUACGUCAUGUGGAAGAAUUAUGGUUAACAUUAAUUACGAAUUAUGAAGCAUCUUUAAUCGAUAAUGAAUUAGGUUUUAGUUGGUUUAUUACAUCUUUCAAUGAAAUGAAUGGUCAAUCACGAAUAGAGUUGUACGAAAAACACAUAUCAAAAUUGAAUUCAUCAAAAUUAACAGAAAUAGGUAUAUUUUGUGUGAUAACUCACUGA